GAUUUCAUUCAUGUUUUGUCCCGUUUUUGUUUGAGUCACAACGCAAGUCGUAGUAACGGUGUCAUUUGUAAAUCAAUUUUAAAGAUCCAGUAUUAUUUUUGUGAUUUUGCUAGUUGUUUGAAUUCGCUGCAAACGAAUCGUUAUGUCGACGGAACUGGAAAAGUUUCUGUCCACGUUGAAGGGCUGCCUCGACACGCAGCACUCAGCCCGUGCCAAGGACUGUGUGGCCAGCAUCGGAACGCUCGUAGCCGGUCCGGAGGCACUAAAUGCUGCGGAAAUUGAGUACUCCCUGGACACGAUCCUCAACUCGCCCAACGGCCUUCUCGCGUUUCUCCGCCGCGCCAUCAAAGCCUCCGGCCGGUUCCAGAAGGCGAACGAGCAAAUCUUCGAUCUCUUCCGGCGGCUCAUCCAGCAGCACGCCACACCGGUUCGCAAAUCCUCGGCCGGAAUGCUGCGCGAGUGCAUCCGCUACGUUCAUUCCUCGUCGGUGAGUGCCCGCGAGCGCGAACUGGCCACGGCCGUCGUCCAGGAUCUGGUCGUGUAUCGCUGUCUGGACGACGAUGUCCACGGCAUGACCCAGCUGCUGACAGAUUUGCUGGCGGUUUUUGACCAACGGAAGCUCACCAAUCGCUUCCAGCAGGCCCUCUUUGAGCUCGUUGGUCUGUUGGCACGAGACUUCCCCGAGUGUGUCUCGCAGGAGCACCAAGCGAAGAUUCUGACCACCAUGAUGAGUGUGGCCGAGGGGCAGCUGCUGGAGGAGAGCUACCCGUCGUUGAUUUCGCUGGCAGGUGCGCUGCAAGGGUUGAACCAUUUUUUAGUCAAUUUUGCACCACCCGGCAGCGGCAACGAGGAAGACGAGGCGAGCGGGAGUGAUGUUUACCGCCGGAUUUACGUGCUCGUCAAGAAGCUAUCCGAUUGGGACGAAGCCGUCAAGGAGCGGCAGGCGUUUAGAAGUGAGUACUUCAAUGUUUAA